AAUGAGUCUGCGUCAGUUUUCUGCUGGGGCUGGAUUCAUUUGAGACGAAGUCCACACACUCUUAGUGAAAGUUUGUUAAUUCCUUUCGAUCUUAGUUUCGACUUCAAAUAGAGCGAAAAUCAAGAAGAAGUUAGAUUUGAAAACCACUGAGGCUGAAAUGAAAGGAAUCGUCUACGGGGUUGGAACACUAACUUUGAUCUUUGCACUUAAUCGUGUGCACUGCGCUCCUAUGAAGCAAACGCGUCAAACGGCAUUGUUUAUGGAGAAAUUUGGUUACUUGGAUGUUGAUGUCAUAGGCAAGAACAGAGGUCCAUUGGAUCCGAACUCGACUGAGUUUCGAGCAUCGAUCAGGAAACUUCAAAGAUUUGGCAAUAUCCCAGUCACAGGACGAAUUGAUGCAGCCACCAUAAAGCUCAUCAAUACUGACCGGUGUGGUGUGAAAGAUCCACCCUCCGAUGCCGCAGGAAGAUUUACUUUACAGGGGUCCAGAUGGAAGCGAACGGACAUAACUUAUAGGAUUCUUAACUACACCAAGGAUGGCAUACCGUUCAGCCAACAGCGAAGAAUUUUCCGGAAAGCGUUCGAUUUGUGGCAGUCUGCCUCGGCGUUGAGGAUUAGAGAGGUAUACAGGGGAGAUGCUGACAUUCUCAUCAGCUUUGUUCGCCAAAAGCAUGGAGAUCCAUAUGCCUUUGAUCGUAGAGGUGGUACAUUGGCGCACGCAUUUUAUCCCCACAAUAACAGAGGUCUCUCUGGUGAUGCCCAUUUUGACGAUGAUGAACAUUUCACAACAGGAAGGAAAGAUGGCAUCAACCUAGAUUGGGUGGCUGUUCACGAGUUUGGACACAGUCUGGGUCUAGAACAUUCUAACGUACAAGAAUCCAUCAUGUACCCGUGGUACAAAGGAUAUGUUGAGGAUAUCAAACUAACAAAUGAUGAUACGCAAGGCAUUCAGUCUUUAUAUCCAAUGCCAACUGUUCGGCGAAUCAUACCAACUACGAGAAUCACCACCACUGUUACUACCACCAGACGCCAGCCCCCAACCCCGCGACCCACAGUUCCGACUGAGGUUAUUUGCAGCAGCACAGUUCGUUAUGACACAGUAUUUGUUGGUACUAACAGGUGGACGUAUUUCGUGGUUGGAGAUAAGUUCUGGAUCCUGGACAGGCAGCUGCGCAGGCGUGGACCGUACACCAUAACGAGAUAUUGGAGGGAUAUAAAGACCCCUUUAGAUGCUGCUCACCGCAAUAAAAAAGGAAACGUGGUGUUCUUCAAAGGAUCAGAGUUCUGGGAAUAUGACUCCAAGAGAGUGUUAAGGAAUUCUGGUCAAAUUUCACGGUACGGUCUUCCCUCGGCUCUCGCUAACAUGGACGCAGUUUUCACAUGGGAGAGGAACAGGAAGACUUACUUUUUCAAGGACACCCUGUACUGGCGAUACAACGAAGACAACAAGAGGACAGACUGGGGAUAUCCCAAGGGUAUCAAAAACGCCUGGAAAUCAAUUCCCGAUCACAUUAAUGCUGCCGUACAGUGGGUCAACAGAAGAACCUACGUUUUCAGGGGAAGGCAGUAUUUAAAGCUUCAGCAGGGAAAGGUAUAUAUGGAGCAAGGAUACCCUCAAGAGAUUGCCAAAAGAUGGAUGAAAUGUAACCCUGGCGAUGAAAAGGACAGAGGUUUUGCCUCAAAAGAUCCCACUUCGAUAAGGUCUGUGUGCGUCAAGCGAGGAACUUGUUCGCGAGAAAUAACCGAUCAAAAGAACCAGUGUUCAUCACUUUUCAACAUGAGCUCCUCCAAAUCCGUGACUCUUUUAACAGCAUUCUCCGCUAUCAUGGUUGCUCUAACAUCAGCAAGACCUGCAAGUGUACCGCCAAACGUUUUGAAUUACUUGGAGAGAUAUGGUUACCUGUCCCCUAGCGAUGUGAAAUCAGGAGAAGUAAAGAGUAAAAGGAUACUUGAUCAAGCAGUGAGGAAUCUUCAACGUUUUACAGGGCUGAACGAGACCGGAAAUCCAGAAGAUCCAAGCACGACUCAGUUGGUUACAAAACAAAGGUGUGGUUUUCAAGAUCUUGGUAAAGCAGCAGAGUUCCGAAGAAAGAAAAGAUAUGUUCGUCAUGGAACUUCAUGGAAGAAAAGACAUUUAACUUACAAGAUAACACGCUAUACUUCAGACCUCACAAAAAAGCAAGUGGACAGAACAAUAAGGUCUUCCUUGAAGAUGUGGGCAAAGGUUACUCCACUGACCUUCUCAAAAGUGAGCAGUGGUCCCGCAGAUAUUGAAAUCGUUUUUGAAAAAAGGAAAGACGAUGAUUAUUCAUUUGACGGGAGAGGAGGCGAACUGGCUUAUGCUUACUUUCCUGGAAAUAACAAGGGGGACUUUGGAGAUAUCCAUUUUGAUGACGAAGAAACAUUUACAGUCUCCAGACAGGAUGGAGCAGUAGACCUUAGAUGGCUGGCCCUCCAUGAGCUCGGACAUAGUUUGGGGCUCGCUCACUCCUCUAACAAACGGGCCAUAAUGUACCCGAUUUAUGAAGAAAGUCUGUCGGGAAAUAGACUGAACCGUGAUGAUAUUCUUGGAAUUCAACAUAUAUACGGUAAGCCAAAUAUCAAAAGAGUCACACCCACUCCUCACCUUGACCCGGUACAGUCUCCAGGAAAACCCAAUCCUUGCAGCAGUACGCUUGACGCUAUGAUAAUGACCGCCGACAAGAUAACCUAUGCCUUCAAGGGGGCAUAUUUUUGGCCGGUCGGCGAUCAGGGAGCAUUUACUGGAGCUCUUAAAAUAUCUGAAUUCUGGGAAAAACUCGAGGAUGAUAUUGACGCUGGCUAUACAAGAAAUUUUGACGGACUUACUUUUAUUUUCAAGGGAUCAAGAUACUGGACCUACAAAAAUCGAACGUUGGUAGAAGGUCCAUUGAACAUAACAGACCUGAACCUGCCCAACGAAGUACACAACAUGGACACCGCACUAGAGUGGGGCGCAAAUGGAGAGCUGUACAUCUUUAAGGGCGACAAAUUUUGGAGAUAUAGCAGCGAAAGAAAAAGUCUCGACCCUGGAUACCCCAAAACUAUUCACUCCGUGUUACCUGAUCUUCCGAAUCAUUUGAACGCUGCACUGCAAUGGAAAAAUGGCAAGACGUACUUUUUCAAGGGGACACAAUAUUACGCCUUAAAUGACACUUCUAUUCAAAUACAGAAAGGGUAUCCCAAGACUAUUUCCACUUAUUGGAUGGGGUGUUCUCCGGCGGGUUUGAAGGCCGGGAAAAUAUCGCCGUAUCGUUCAUCUCAUGCACAUGCACAUGAUUCCGCUCGUUCCUCUUCUUCCUGUUCUUUUGCAAUCGUGGCGAAAUACAUUGUCUUAGUAGCUAGUUUUAUUUCAACAUAUCUUCUGAUACCGAAUAUACGUUUGAAGCGGAGAAUGGCGUUCAGUGAAAUUAUCGUCACGUUCUGUUUCCUCGUUUGUUUACAAAAUCUCGUUGCGGAUGGAGGUCCAGUUAAUUCAAAGCAAGUAGCAGAAGGAAUUGAUUUUCUGACAAAGUUUGGUUACCUGAUGAACGAUGACCCAAGAACUGGAAAGUUAAGAACAAGACAAGAUUUAGAGAAAUCCAUCAAAAUGCUUCAACGAUAUGCCAACUUGCCAGAAACUGGGCGGAUGGAUGCAGCUACUAUUGCGCUGAUGGGCAAAUCUCGCUGUGGUGUGGCAGACUACGGGAAUUACAACUCCGAUAACACGCGACGAAAGAAAAGAUACACUUUACAAGGAACAUAUUGGAAGAAAAGGGAUCUGACAUACAAGAUUAAAUCUUUCACAAGAGACAUUCCCAGCCAAGAGAAACAGCGUCAAAUAUUCAAGAAAUCCUUUGAUAUGUGGAGUGCUGCUUCAAAUUUAAGAGUCACGGAGAAUCCAUACGCCAACGAUAAAGACGUUGACAUUCAUAUCAGUUUUGUAAACGGGUAUCACGAAGACGCGUAUCCCUUUGAUGGACAGGGCGGAACACUGGCGCACGCGUUUUACCCACACAACAACUUGGGACUUUCGGGUGACGCACAUUUUGACGAUGCGGAAAGAUUUACCACAGGGACAUCUGACGGCAUCAAUUUGGACUGGGUGGCUAUUCACGAGUUUGGACAUUCUUUAGGUCUGGAGCAUUCUAAUGUGCGAGAAUCUAUCAUGUACCCUUGGUACAAGGGUUAUGUUCCUGAUGUAAAGCUCACUAAUGACGAUAUCCUGGGAAUACAACAGCUUUACGGAAAACCCAUCAAUAAACCAGGACCCACAAAUGGCCCAGUUGCGACGCCAGCACUAACAACCACUGAACCUCCGCUCCCUGAAGAAAAUGAUGUUUGUUCCAUUCCUACCUAUGACACGUUCUUUAUGGGCCCUGACAGGCGCACGUACGCGAUAAAGGGUACUCAAUACUGGAUCAUCAAAGAUGUUCCUGGUGCAGGCUUGGAGAGUGGACCUCACAGGGUUAAGGACUUGUGGAAGGAACUUCCUAACAGGAUAGACGCUGCCUACACCUUUGGUGGUAACAGGCUGGUUUUCUUCAGCGGAUCCAAGUAUUGGCGUUAUUACUACGACAGCCGCCGUGAUACAUACAGAAUUGAAUACAAAGAACGUGCUAUCACAGAAUUUGGACUACCAAUGACUCUAAAAGACAUGGACGCUGUCUUUACUUGGGGAAGAAACAAGAGAACGUAUUUCUUUAAAGGUGACAAGUAUUGGCGCUACAACGGCCGCACGAUCGAUUCUGGUUACCCAAGGAGCAUCAGUGUUUGGGGAGGAGUGCCGGCAAAUUGCAAUUCUGUUAUGAAAUGGAGGAAUGGCAAAACGUACUUCUUCAAAGGAUCAAAAUACUUCAGACUCGAUGAUUGGAGGAUUCAAGUUGAGGCUGAUUAUCCCAAGAGUAUAGCGCUGAAAUGGAUGAGAUGCGAGAAAGAGAACUUAGCCGUAGAGAAAACCACUGAAAUAGGCGGGGUGGACAAAGGAGUGAACGGAACACAUAGAUACACCUGUAAUCAUGAUCACGAAGUCUCAUCUGGGUCAGCGGUCUAUCCAAGUGUUUUUACAAUUUGUUUAAUGGGUUUAGCUUUUCUUAGACAGAACUUUUAAUUUGGAGUCACUUUUGUGUAGCAGCUUAGGUACUCGAUCCCGAUAAACUUUGAAAUGAUACCUUGCUGUCAGAGUGGCUAAAGUUGGAGACGAGCGUAGCUGCAAACACGCGAUAAACGACUGUUUUAUUGAAAAAGGACGGAUUGCGUGACAAGCUACACAUAAGUCACGCCACAAUUCUUACUCAAGAACCGAAAGCUUACAAACCUGGCUUUAAGUGUUUAGGAAUAUAAUUUAUUGCAUUUGCUUCCAUCAUUUUUUAUACCAACAGCAGACGUUUUAAAGUUCUUCUUCCAACUUUUCCCUAGGAACUGAGCAGUAGAGGAAUUUUUUUCAAACUUAGGCUGUUUAUAAUUUAUUUUUACAUAUUGUGCCAUUUCUAUUUUAAUCUGUCUCUCUUGUACAUAUGAAUAAAGGGGUAAGUUUCUAAAGAAACUGUAGUGCUG